UAUUGGAAAAUCGUGAGGAAACUUUAUGGGUGAUUAGGCCGAGAGAUGAGUAUAAAAGCCGGCCCGAUUCUCCAGUUUAUUACUCAUUCUUCUCUCCAGCUCUGCAUUCCUCCAGGACGCUGUUAUACAUUUCGUGAAAAAUGAAGGCUUUCUUGGUCUUGGCCCUCUGCGUUGCAGUAACGUUUGCUCAUCCGGGAGGAUGGGGCAGUAAUACCGGUGGUGGUGGAUCCAGUGGUGGACACUCAACCGGUGGGUCUUCCAGUCGUGCUGCUAAGACUUACGUUUUCAACACCGGAAGUUCUGGUGGAUCAGACGCUGGUCUCCGACAUCUCUCCUACUCCCAGGGCGCUAACCUCCAAACAGGUCCAAUCGGCCAGGGUGGACGAGCCGCUCAAACAUACACUUACUCUGGAGGCUCCAGUGGUGGGUCUGACGCCGGACUCCGACAUCUUUCCUACUCUCAGGGGGCCAAUCUUCAAACAGGUCCAAUCGGUCAGGGCGGUCGUGCCGCUCAGACUUAUUCCUAUUCCGGAGGCUCCAGCGGUGGUUCGGAUGCUGGGCUCAGAUUCCUCUCUUACGACCAAGGAAAUAGCCUGCAAACUGGGCCAAUCGGUCAGGGCGGUCGUGCUGCCCAGACCUACUCUUAUUCUGGAGGCUCCAGUGGUGGAUCUGAUGCCGGAUUGAGAUUUGUGUCCUACGACCAAGGAAACAGUCUUCAGACCGGACCAAUCGGUCAAGGUGGACGAUCUGCGCAGACCUAUUCCUACUCCGGGGGCUCGAGUGGAGGGUCUGAUGCAGGACUUCGAUUCCUCUCCUACGAUCAAGGAGCCAACCUCCAGACGGGUUCCAUCGGUCAAGGAGGCAGUGGUGCGGCCACCUACAUUUUCAAGUCUGGUGGGGGCGGAGGUGGUAGCUCUGGAGGUUCAUCUCGAGGAGGAUAUUCCAACGGUGGUAGCUCCGGAGGUGGUCUUGGUUUCGGAUAUAAUGGAGGCUCAACUGGUGGUGGAUCUGGUUGGUAAUCACUUCAACCGUCCGAAAACCAGUCAAAAUUCUAAUUGGUUUAAAACCCACCUAAUUUUAUACCCUUACAAAAAUCUUUAAAGCUCGCUCGUGGCUUAGUAUUUACAAACCACAAUAAUAAAAAAAACGCCUCAUUUGAUACUCUCUUUACUCAAACAUAA